CCGGGUCCCAGGACUGAGAGUUGGGAAGCGGCGCGUGGGCUGCGUUGGGCGGGGUGUGUCGCGGGGCUUCGGGGUCUUAUCCGUCUUGCGAGAGGCCGACAUUAAAAUCGCAACUGGAGAACGGAGAGCGAGGCAUGCAGAUCCAGGAGAAACAACCGCAAAAUCAGCAUCUUUUCUAGAAAAGCUUUGGAAUAGGAGAGUGCUAUUCCACCCAGAAUGGAAGUGUGUCCUUACUGUAAGAAGCCAUUUAAACGAUUAAAAUCCCAUUUGCCGUACUGUAAGAUGAUAGGACCGGCUGUGCCUGGUGUUUGUCAGUCCAAGCCGGCUACACUCCCACGUGCUAAAAAAAUCAAAGGGCCAAUCAGAGACUCAGUUAAAGCAAAAGAGAAAGGGUUAGGGACCGAUAGUAAGAAAAGAAAUGCUGAACUGAAAGGGGACAGAUCAGAACAACAGACAGUUAAGUCCUCUUCACGACUAGCUGUUGGUUUGGAAAAAACAGGUAAUACAAAGGCUGAUAAAGACUUCAAGAAUCAAAUUCAACCCUCCCUCAAAAUGCUAAAACAUACUGAACCGAAGAUUACUUUCCAGGGAGAAACUACAGCUCAGUUUUCUGCAUUAGAAAACACCACUCCUAAAAAAGAGCUUGCUGAAGAUUUGUCUAAAUCAGGGGAAAGUAGAAAUAACCCUUCAGAAACUGAAGCUUCUUUAGCUCUUGGCCCAAUGGAACCUUCUCUGUCAAAUCAAGAUAGGAAAUAUUCUUCGGCCUUCCCUAAUGAUGUACAAGCCAUUUCUGCUGAUUUAAGAUUGGACAGAGUGGAUGCCCCAAGACAGAACCUUCUCAUAAAAUUACCAGAUAUGCCUCUGGGCGAUUAUCACAGUUCUCCCACAAAUCUCAAUUACGAGGUUAAAAGGGUAAGCACAUCAUCAAGCAGUGAGAGAGAUUCCAAGGCCGGGGAUCACCUCUUGGGAGUCUCUACUAGAGACUCUGGGACUUGGGAAAAGAAAACAGAAUCACAAAUUGCAGCUUAUAAAGUUAGCCCGUUAGGUAAAAUCCAGGUCAAGGAGAACCAGGGAAAAGGACUUGACCUUGGAGCAGAGGCAUGUGGGAGCCAAGGAAAUGCAGAGAAAAGUGCAUUUGCAACAGAAAUGCAGGAAUGGGCCGCCGUGAGCGAUGAUUCAGUCAUGGAGAGGAAAUCUCGAGGUGAAGGUCUCCCAACGGGGACAAAUUGCAGUGAGCUUCUCUCUGUAUCACAGUCAUGUAAUCAAAGUCUUGCCUCUCUGGCUAUGAAAUUUCUCCAAGAAGAGAAGGCAGAAGCCUGCAGCCAUAAUCAAGUCCCUGCUAUGAAGGCAUUGACAAAGAGUGAGGAACAAGCUUCUCUGACACCCAAGUUGGGCUGUCGGCCGCCAGCAUUGCACCCCAGGGGCCAGCAUUCUGCACAUUCAACCCAUCAUCACGCUUCUAAAAGCCCCUUCACAGGUCAGAUCGGUGCCACCGACAGAAAGACCCUAUCCAGCUCCCUGGGGCUGGAGUGGUUUCCAGAGCUCUAUCCAGGUUAUCUUGGACUCGGGGUGUUGCCAGGGAAGCCUCAGCAUUGGGGCACAUUGGCCCAGAAGCCUGCGCUCAUCAGUACCCAGGGGGAAAGCUGCUCACAAGUUCCUUUGAUGGAAAGAAGUUCGACGGCGGUAAGAAGUUUGGAAGCCCCGGCCAGGCUCACAACCUCCAGCUUCUCUCUAAGGAGGCUCUUGGGAGCUGUCCAAACAGGCUGGGUCAGGUGUCGCACCGGCGUGAAGAGCAGAGCAGUCGGUGGCAUCCUGAUGCUCUUCACAGGGUACUUCGUCCUUUGUUGUAGCUGGAGCUUCAAGCGUCUGAGAAGCGUGCCAAGCCCUGCCCCAGAUGGACAGGACGCCUCACGGGCUCCUGUGUCGGAGGGAUGAAGACAACUGGGGAUCUCCGCGCUGAAGCAUUUGGUUAGAAAACGCGUUUCAGGAGGAGAAGCCUUUCUGGACUCAGGACCUAAGCACCUGAGCGUUGCCUCUUCAGCUCCCCACAACAUUGCGAAUGUCAGUGUAAACUAUCUUCGUGACCUUGAGCAAGUGACUUAACCUCUCUGUGCCUUGGUGUCCUCGUCUGGUGUUUGGCAGAGAUGCUUUGCAGCUGUACGUUGAGAGAUACAGCAGUCGACAGCCCCAAACCUGCUCUGCGUUGACCCCAGGAAUGUGCCUGUGCAGAUGAGCUGAGCACUGAUUCUUAAAAUGACGUGGGUGACUUUGAAAACGCCGUCUGAAGUUUGUCCAGAUUCUGGAGUUAUUUGAUUACGUCCAUAAAGUAACAGGGAAAGGUUUCCCCUAUCUACGCAUUGCUGCCAUCUGAGGUAGGGAAAUCCUUGAAGACCUCUUAUCGAGUCUUUUAAUGAUUUCUUAGUAAUGUUCAAAAUAGUGUAAGAGAGUUAAGGUCAGCUGAUAACUGAUUGAUUCUUUUCUUAGAUUCAGAUCUAAACAAACGCAGCAUGAUCCAGGGAUAUGCCUCUUGGCUCCAGUUUGCAAUACUGUAAACUUGCCUUACGAGGAUGCGUUUGUUGUUCAUACUAUGUCAUAAGUUUGCUUGCACAGCCAGGCCCACCCAUUUAUGUGAUCUGGCAGAUUCCAGGCUUCCUUAGGAAGACUACAGGUUCUUUUCAAAGCUGGAGUUGUCCUUGAGUGAGGCUCUGCUCCGUGCAAAGCCAGUGUGAUUCAGCCAGGAGACAGGAGCUCGUGUCUCCACAAAGCCAGGAGAGAAGUCUGGAAUGCUCUUAACAUGCUGUUCCGUUUUAAACAGCCUCCUACAUUUUGUCUCUUAAAAUUGUGCUCCGCAUCUUCCCUGGCAUUGUGGGAGCUUCCCUGGGUAAGCAGCAGUGCUUAGGGUCUGCUUCCAGGGCAGCCGCGUGCCUUCCCGAACACGGCUUCCAGCAAUGUGUGUAGAAACGCAGCCUGAGAAUUCCCAUCCACCCUGCAGAAGAGUUAACAGUGAUACCCAGGCUUCUCUCCAUCCUCGAAGAUUUACCGGGAAGGUUCGGUUACUGGAGGCUGGAAACAUUCACAGGCACGUCUGGACACCCUGCUGUAACGCACAUGGUCUGUAUAAGGUGGGGUAUCUCUGCUACCUACUUGAGUUGAGUUUAAUCCUGAGUGAUAAUACCUGAAAUACUGCCGUUUUUCUAUAUAUAUUAAAAUAUUCAGCUAUUAGGAAUAAAUCAUUUUGUAUUAUCA